AUGAAACGGAUCUAUAUCCUGCAGCAAGGCACCAGCCUGCUUCGAAAACAGCCCGUGCGUGUGGGCCCCUCGUCGAUUCCAGGUGCCGGCAGUGGUGUGUUUGCUACUAAGAACAUCAAGGCAGGAACUAUCAUUAGCUUGUACCCAGUCCAUGGUAUGGGAUUGGAGCGGUUUGAUACAAAUGCUAUUGUUGCUGCCACCGAGGAGGACCACGCCUACUUUCAUCCCUUGGACGAUGACGAAAACAAAGGAGAUGAUGAUGAUGGUGAGGAGGGGGGUCUUGGUGAUGAGGAGGUGGAUGAUGAUGCGGAAAAUGUCGCUAGGAACCACAACUACCUUCAUUAUCUGAUUGGGUCGCGUCCCUUGUGUGGAUUUCGACCAGCCGACCACGAUGCGACUCUUUACAUUGACGUUAACCCCAACAAAAUUGUGCAAGAACCAUGGAUAAGCCAUUUGAUCAAUGAUGGUGCCAUUGUCGAAUCCAACACCGAACAAGGACUGCUGGAUUACUACCGAGAAACGACGAAACGGAAAAACUGUGUGCAUAUUCCCUUUGGGCCGGCUCCACUCAUGGUUACGGUAACAAAUUGCAAGGUGAAAAAGGGAGAGGAGUUGUUCACAACCUACGGAGGCUCCUAUUGGCUGGACGCAUUCCUCGAAUACGACGACGAGGAACCAGUGGAUAUUACCGAGGCUGUGCACUUGCAAGCCAAACAAACGGCGCAAGACCUCUUUAGCUCCAUGCAGAACGCCCGUACCACAUACGUGAAUCUCGAAGCAGACCUUGAAAAGGAGUUCUCUAUCUCCUUAUUAGAGUAA